AUGAACAAAAUUAUAGGAGGCUAUUCGAGCAAUAAAACAAAUUCAACCUCUUUGCAAAGAAGUAAUUCCAAGUCUAAGGACAAUACAAGUCCUGUUAAGGGUCUCUAAGUUCCCAAUUCUAAUACUAACCUGAACAGUUCUAGAAAAUCACCUGGUUAGAUAAAACUUAAUUUAAAAUCUGAUGAAUAUGCUACUCCAAUCAAAGGAACUCUUCCCAAUUCUACUAACUCUUAAUCAUAAGGCAGCUAUUCAAAUUUCGAUGCAAUUAAUCAAGGUGGUAAAGAAGUCCUGUCCACCACUAACUCAACAAAUAGAGGCAAAGCGUAGCUCCUUAAUACUAAAUCUCCUCUUAAAUCUACUUCUAUUGCAAGAACAGGUGUUGUUAACCUUCAAAAAGAGGGAUCUAGGACAGAGCUGAAUGUUUCAAGCUAUGAGAAAAAGAACCUAAGCAAUACAAACAUCAAUAUCAAUAUUUAGAAAGUAGAUCAAGAAGGCGCAAACGAAUUGACUGUAAGCUAGAAAUAUACUCAAGAAAUCAGCGGAUUUUAAGGAUAAGGAGAUGCAGGUUCAAAUAUUUUAGAUAUUUCAUAGAAUCAACUUAAUCUUAAGGAAGAAAAAGAUAAAAAGUCAAGCAACUAAAAGUCUCAAACAAGGUUAGAUGACUCUCCUCCUUAAAAUAGAAAGAAUUCAAUUCCUAAAAAUCCUCCAGCUCUAUCUCUACAAUCAAACUCUUCAAAUAUGUCUUCUAAUUAUGGAUAAAAGAGAGAAUCUGCAACUUUUUCUUUAGCUAAAAAUAUCCUAAAGAGAUAAAAUACUAAUUAAUAUGGCGGUUUACAAAAUAACGAUAAAGUAAACUAAUCAAUUGACAAAGGUUUACUGAAUUUAUCUAUCUAAUAAUCAACCAAACUCAAAAAUGUUUCUUCUACAGCACCUUAUAAUCCCGAAGUUACAGCUAAAGAAAGAGAUGGUAAUGUAAGAGUAUAUGCACGUUUUAGACCUAAUAACUCAACUGAAUUAGACUUGAUCAAUUAAGGUUUAGGAUCUAAUAUUAUUGAAUUUAAUGAUGAAAAAUCAGUUACAACAAUGUGUGAUAAUCAGAUGUACACUUGCGAUAGAAUAUUCAAACCUGAUUCGAAAUAGGAAUAUGUUUACAAUACUGUAGCAGUUGAAGUUGUAAAUGACGUUUUAGCAGGUUAUAAUGGUACUAUAUUCACCUAUGGUGUUACUGGUAGUGGUAAGACUCAUACCAUGUUUGGUAAAAUUUAAGAAGAAGAGAUGGAAGGUAUCAUUCCUAGAAUGUGUACUUAGUUAUUUGAACAUGUAGAAAAUGAAGAGCUUGAUAUUGACUACACAAUUAACGUUUCUAUGCUUGAAAUUUACAAAGAAAAUUUAUAUGAUUCUCUUAUUUAACUGAGCUCAGGAGAUAAAAAGGAUUUAAAAAUUAAAGAACAUCCUUAAAAGGGUAUCAUUGUUGAUGGUUUAACUCAAAAACAAAUCGCAAAAGAAGAGGAACUCUUUGGUAUCAUAGAUUAUGGUUAUAACUAAAGACAAACAAGAGCUACUCGUCUUAACGAAUAUAGUUCUCGUUCUCACACUGUUUUCAUGGUAGAAAUUUAACAAAAGCUUCCAAAUGGAUCUGAAAAGAGUGGUAAGCUUAAUCUUAUUGAUUUGGCAGGUAGUGAAAAAGUAAAUAAAUCUGGUGCUGUUGGUGAAUCCUUAGAAGAAGCUAUCAAAAUUAAUGUUUCUUUGACUUGCUUAGGUAAAGUUAUCCAUGCAUUAACAACAGGGUAAGAGUACAUUCCUUAUAGAGACUCUAAAUUGACUAGAAUAUUGCAAGAAUCAUUAGGUGGUAACUAUAAGACAUCAUUAAUUGUUUGCUGUUCUAUGCAUUCAAACUUCUAGGAUGAUACAGUCUCAACUUUAAAGUUUGCAUAAAGAGCCAAAACUAUUAAAAAUACCUUUAAGUAAAAUAUAAAGAGUUCCCCAGAAUCUAUGAAGCAAGCAAUCGAAAUACUGAAGUAAGAAGUCUUCUAAGCAAAAAAUCUUUUGUAAAUUUUCCACUCCAACAUUGCAGAUGUUAAAGAAGGCUUGUAAAGCGGUGAUCCAGAAAAAAUAAAAUAAAUUAAUAAGGCACUUGAUAAGCUUUUAGAAUAUUAAACUGACUACAAUCCUAAAUAAUACGAGCUAGGAGCUCUUACUGAUUAAGCAGGAAGAAUUUCAGCUUUAGCUUCAGGUGCUGCAAAUUUAGCUGGAUUUGCUGCAACAGGCAAUGCAAGCAUCGAUAUUUUAAUUGCAAGAGUUAAAAAUAGAGAUGAAGAAAUUGCUUCUUUAAAAAAUAACAUCGUCGAUUUAGAAGAAAAGAAUAAAAAUUUAGAGAAUGACAUUUUAGAAAUAAAAUAAUCUAACAUUAAGAUGGUUAGUGAGUUAAAUGACUUAAAAAUUGAAAAAAAUUCUAUUAAUGUUAAAUUUAACAAAGAAGUUUCAAAGAAUGAUUUCUUAGUCUUCCAAAUAGAAAUUUUAUAGAAACAAAUUCAAAAUUUAGUUGAUCAAGUGUGUAAAUCUGAAAAGAGAUGUGCAGAAUAUCUUUAACAGAAGAAAAAAGUUAUCGAUGAAAAAAUUGAUAACAUUAUGAAAGACGAUUUGACUUUCGCUGAAAUAAAGCUUUCUGAUUAUUUUAACAAUAGUAUCAACUUCAACUAUGAGUUCUAAAUUGAUCGUAACAGUGCUUUAAAUUAAGGCAUUAACCUCAGCUCUUUAACAGGUAAAAAGAAAUCAGCUCACUCAAGUGCUAAAUAAUCUAGUGACAGUGAUAGCGAUAGUGACAGCGACUCUGAUUCUUCUUAGAGUUUUAUUUCUUCUUAAGUGAAUACACCUGGUAAAAAUAAAGCUUCUGCAGUUCAUUCAUAGAAAAAAAUAGAAUACUAAGGAAAUAAACCUAUCUUAGGAAUACCUAAUACAUCUAGCUUCUACAGAGGAUAAAAUAUGAAUGCAUAAUAAAAUCCUCCUUCUUCAAGAGAUGAUGGAAUGAAAGACUCAUUCUUAAACAAUAUAAGCUUCAACAACAUUUCAAAUAAUCCUAAUGUUGAAAUGCUGAAGAGAAUUAUUGAAAUCCCUUAAAAGAUAGAUGAAGCAAGUCAAAAAGACCCAGUUUCUAAAGAUUUUAUGAUCAUAAAUUUAAAGAAGGCUCUUAUAAAUGCUCAUAUCAUAAACUAGAAUUUACUUAGAACAAUUAGUGCUCUUGAAUGGAAAUAAAUUAUUGAAUAUGGAAAAUCAUAGCUAAAAAGUAAUGUCAUGAAAAUUUAAAGCAAACAUAUUGAAAGAUUAGAAUCUGUAAUCGAAGAAAAUAUUGGAAACUAAAAGAACUUGCGUGAUAAGAUGGAAGAAAUAGAAUUUGAAUUAAAUGAGUAAAAGAAAGAAAUAAAAACUACAACUUCAUUCAGUCGCUUAAUGCCUCGUAAAAGCAGAAUUAUGCUACCUGUUCCAAUUUAACCUAGAUUCUAAAACGCUGUUUAACAAGUUUAGAAAAUAGUUUAAAUAGCCCCACCUAGAAAAGAUUCAAUAACAAGUGAAUUACAACAAUCAAGAGAAUAGAACCCUACAAAUAGCAGCUAAAUUAGAAAUAACACCACAGAAAAAACAGAAGGAGAUGACAUGAAUGAAAUUAUUGACAUGAUUGAUAAGAAUGUACUUCCUUUAACUUAUGAGAAUGCUAUUUCAGAGCUCAAGAAAAAGAACUAUAUUAUCAAAAAAUUAUACCAAGAAAAUUUAGAUAGUAAAACACAAGUCAUACCAUCAGUAAUUCAAGAUAGUGAUAAAUUAAAUGCACUUUCUAGAGAAAACGAAAGACUUCGUGAUAAGAUUAUUAGCAUUUAAAAUGACUUAAAAGUUGAAUAAGCUCAGACAGCCUCAUAUAAAAAAUCUUUGCAAGUUGAAAGAAGAAACUUAAAUAACCUAAGGAAGUUGAACCAAGAAAUGGAGAUUUCUCUAAGAAAUAAUUUAAGAGAAGAGAACGAAGGCUGGUAAAGUGUGAUUAAUACAAUCAAAGAGUAAAACGAAAAGGAAAUGAUUAAGAGAUAGCAAGAUUAUAAUAUUUUGAAUGAAAAGCUCAAUGAUGUACUUGAAAAGGCUAUGUAUAAACUUGGCGAAAUGAAAACAAGAGGCUAAACUUGCACUGUAAGUGAAAUUGAAUAAGUUAUUUAAGAACUCUAAAAACAAAAAACUUCUGUAAGUGUAAAUUAUGAAAAUAAAUCAGCAAAAAGAAGAAGUUUACUUUUUACACCAGGCAUGGUUCCUCCUACUUCCAAUACUCCAUCAUAAUAAUAAUAAUAAUCAUAAUCAUAAGGUGUUGGUGGAAAUGGCAUUAAUCCUCAUUCUCCUAAAACUUUAGCUUUACUCCAAGCAUUUGCUUAAUAAGCUUAGUAACAUUAAUGA